AUGUGUCGUGUAGUUUUGGCGGGGACUUUUGUAAAUAUCGACAGUUCAGAAACAUGGAGGAGUCUGAGAAGAACAGUGAAUCGGUUUCCGUUAAAAGUGAUGUGGAUAAAGUUAGUGACAGUGGUGAAGUUUCAUCACGAGCAUCAACUCGCCGCAAUGAUUCGGUUAAAUCAUCUCAGUCGAAGCCGAGACUCAAACUGUUUAAAAAGGUGACGGAGAAAAGUCUGCAGUGGCUGGUGGAGAACGCAAGUUUCGACAGGUUUUCCCACUACCUCCAGCCGCUGUCAACGCAAAACCCCCAGCUGACUGAAGCCAUGCACAAACAGUUCGUCAACCAACUACAGACAUUAGUGCAGAAAGAAAUUGCUAGUGUGAUUGAGGAAGGAGACCUGCAAGUGAAGCUGGAUGAGUUGGACAAUCUGGAGGAGCUUGCUAAAGACACAUCAGAACCUGCAUGGCGGCCAAGUGGAAUUCCAGAGCAGGAUGUGUGUAGUGAUUUAGUGAUAUAUUAUAAGAAACAGGAGGAAUACAUGCGUCUACAGCUGAAGAAACUCCAGAAGGAGAACGCUGGACUUGCUCAGAGAGUACAAGCCGGCCGAGAGACCAUCACCCACACAGAACAGUGCAUUUCCACAACAGCAGAAGAAUGGAGGGCUUCUCUUGAGGAUCUGGAAGCAUUUGUCUUGACUCUUUCCUCUUCUGAAAACUUUGAUUCGUUGUGACAUCUGUGGACUAAGGAACAUUUUUGAACUUGUGAAACCUUUUGAUGUCAUUGUGCCUUUGCAUGGUUUAUUUUUUGUUAUACUAUCCCACUAGUAUGUGUACUUUGUUUCGUUCCUUGCACUUUCUUAACAGUGUUGUGUCAAUGUAUAUUUAUCUCGGUUUAGAGAAUAAAUAAACAAAAAUACAAGUGUC